GAUUUUGGGAACAACGGACAUCCCAAGCUUCAAGAAUAGUUUGUGGAUAACCGAGAGUUAACAGUUUGACUGGCAUUUGACUGAGCGAUACAAGACUUUCCGGAUACAGGAUAGAUCUUUUUCUUUCUAUCUUUUUAAUGGGAUUUGAUGUCGUAUCACAAAAGUUAUGGUAUAGCAAGCGAUUUGCACAUGGACAUUCCAACAGUUGUUUUAUUUUUCUAACCAAGUGGGUCAAACAAGGCUAUCAAUGGCCAAAUAGAUUCAACUUCUCUUACUCGGAUCUUUAGAAAGCAAGAUCUUGUUUUUUUCAGAAUUAGUCGGAUUGACCAUUCCCAUCCCUUACCAAACUUUAUUUUGUUGCUAACGAGGGUGACGAGGCUAGCUUGAAUUUGCUCUCUUAGUAUUGAAUUUAUCCAUUAUUAUUUGCACACAAAAAAUAAACCAAUAGAAGGUAUAUUGCAUUAGGGCAUUAAUGAUUAAUAUUGGUGAGCAUUGAGACAAGUUACAACAUUGGAAACGAUAUUUUUCAACUAGAUAUUGACACUUUACUAUACAAUCACUCAUUUUGAUUUGCAGGGCAUGUGCACAAGUGGUGUGAUUAGAUGGUGCCUCUACCCUGGGGUUGGUUUUUCCUCCCUUUAGAAAAGUGCAAUGUAACAGCUAUUAGGAUACUGGAUACUGUUUUCCUUUAAUAGUUUGUCCUUAUUCAAAGUACAAUGAAAACAAUGGGAGAUAGAGCUAUAUGAGAAAUAAACACUUUAGUUCAAACUUGAAGUCAGAAGAAUUCGGAGCGUAGAGUCGACUGCAAGGGCCACAUAGGACGUGGAAAAAUCUAACAGUUUAAAACACAGAAUUAUGCUUUUUUUAUGCCAGGCUUUAAUCAUCUUUUGCCAAAUAAGCUAUUUCCUACAGUACUGAUAAUGAUAUGAUAUGGAGUAACAUAUAGGAUCCAACACUCCAAUCUCAAGAAGUUCGAACCUUCCAUACCUCAACGUGAAGUCUCCGCCGCAAAAAGCUGAAUUAAAUAUUUGGUACUUGCCUAGAUCGAUGAAUUUUCUUCUCUUCAUUUUCCACGACAAACUCUUCUCUAUCUGGACGACACUUCUCCUUUGUAUUGCAAUGCUCUUGAUCAACUUCUCUUAUUAUUGCUAUUUUACAUUUUAUUAAUGGUGUACUUAAGUGUUCGGACACGUAGUGUCGGAAUCGGCAGGACUGGCAGCUAUUAGGAAUUUAAGAUAUAUGUGAUUUUUUGCUAUACGAAUGUAAUAACUCUUCAACUCUCUUAUAGUUUUAGAGUCAAUUAGCAAUUCAGCAGAGUGCAGUGCAUUCGCCCGUGAACCAAACUCCGAGUUUGAUGACCGCAAGAUCUUCGACAAGAUACCUAUUCACAUCAGUUUGUUUCAAUUAUUAUAAUAUUUUCUGAGAUUCACUAGUUCUUUUUUUACUAUAUCUCAGUUGCUUUUUCUGAGUAUGGCCAUCUUACUAAUCAUCACGACAGUCAUCAGCAGCAGCCUUCCACACUAUCUACUCGAGGUAAUCAUCACCAUCAUCAACUCAACGUGGUCAUCACGAUUUUCAACUCAACGUCAUCAUCGCAAUCAUCAACUUAACUUCAUCAUCACCAUCAUCAACUCGAAGUCAUUAUUAACAUUCUCAACUCAACAUCAUCAUCGCAAAUACAUCAUCGCCAUCAUCAAAUCAACUUCAUCAUCGCCAUCAUUAACUCAACUUUAUCAUCGCCACCAUUUACUCAACUUCAUCAUCGCCAUCAUAAACUCAAUGUCAGCAUUCCAAUUAUCAGCUCAGCGUCAUCACAUCACCAUUUUCUAAUCGACAGCAUUACUAUCAUCUACUCAAUAUCAUCAUAUCAUCAUCGCAAAUAACCAAGACACCGUAAGCUACAUAAUCUUGUUCACAAAAAGUCUUAUAUUUCUGAUGCCAGUCAAAAUUGUUGGUCAGAAAGAAACAAUGGUUAUGUUUUUUAUGAUCUGUUUUAAAAGUAUAGUUUAAUAGUCCUCUUUUUGGGAAAGAAUAAACAUAUAAAAAGGGGGGAAAAAUCCGAAACAUACACUCGUCAAAAUUGUUGGUCAGAAAGAAACAAUGGUUAUGUUUUUUUAUGAUCUGUUUUAAAAGUAUAGUUUAAUAGUCCUCUUUUUGGGAAAGAAUGAACAUAUAAAAAGGGGGGAAAAAAUCCGAAACAUACACUCGUCAAGCGAUGUGCUUUGGGUUUCCUGUGGAAAUGGGUUACCUGUGGAAGUGAGAGACAAAGGAAACCCAACUCAUGAUUCAUUUCGCGCGCAACAGUUUAUUCGGAGGUUCAGUUGUUCUGCUGACUUGUAAAACUAAUUAUUGCACUUUCUAGCUUAGUCAAGGGUGAAUUUUCCCCAUAUUUCUUUCGUUAUGACAUAUUUAUGUAAUGGAGACUUCUAAAACCUUCAAAACAUCCUCAUUCUACAACGCUUCGAAGGCGAGACGCGAGGGUACAUGGGUCAAAAAGCUUGCCAAAUGUGAAGAACAAGCAAAGAAGUUCAAGAAGCACCCUAUCAGGACCCAGAGAAAGCUAAGGGUAGAUGAUCCCCUUCCGGUGUUUAAGGUUUUUCCAAGACAACAGCUGGCUUUUGACUUCGUUAAGAGCUGUAGUGAGGAUGUUCAUGUUUUUGCUGAGGAACUGGGAGAUGAUGGCAAAAGGCAGUAUAUUGUCAGCACGUUAGAUGAGUUUUGGAACACUUACAGAUCAAUUCAAGCAGAAGACAGACAUUACUAUGAGGUUAUUGAAGAAGGUGCAGCUUGUAGACUGUAUUUUGAUCUGGAAUUCAAGCGGGAAUUUAAUCAAGAUCUUAAUGGCCCAGAAAUGGUAGAGAUUUUCAUUGAGUAUGUGUGUUCAAAUUUAAAAGAGUCAUUUGGUAUUGACUGUCGUCGCAAGCACAUACUUGACUUGGACUCAAGUACUGACACUAAGUUUUCCCGCCAUCUCAUUUUUCACAUGCCAGGAGCAGUGUUCAAGGACAACAUUCAUGCUGGUAACUUUGUUCAUCAGAUAUGCUCUGAAUUGCAUGAAACGUUUAGGUUCAUAUUAUCACCAAACACAGAUGAAUCGGACCUCCCAUCCAAGACACCUAGACUAGAUGACAAAUCUUCACCAAGUCAAAACAUUGUACAACCUUCAGUUGAUAAAAGGUUUGUGAAGCUUUUUGUUAAAAACGAUCAAGGCGAGGAGUCUAUUUUCUGCGACCAAGGCGUGUAUACUCGGAACAGAAAUUUUCGUCUCUUUAAAUCUUCCAAAUAUGGGAAAAAGGCUACGCUUGGGAUUGCUAAAGAAAACACAUUCAAGGUGAAAUUUCGGAAUCGUCGUGGCAGCUUCUGCAAGGAACUGGACUAUUUGCUUUUCCUGGACUCCUUGGUGUCAAACGUAAGUUUACAAGAAAAUGGGCGAGACGUGAAGGUUAUCACCUGUGAUAUCAGCGAUUCUCGGAGAAAGAGAAAAUCUGCUAUUGGCCGGUCCUCACAGUGCUCUCAAAGCGAAGAUGCUAUGACAGGCUAUGAACUCUCACCAUACCCGAGCAUUGACGAGUUUGUCCGAACAGUUAUCGAUCGUGACGGCGUGCAGGGACACAUUAGGAAAUGGGUGUAUUUUCCACAGGGCAAACUACUGAUGUUCGAUAUCGGCGGAAAUAAAUGGUGUGAAAAUAUCGGGCGGCAGCACAAAAGUAACCACAUAAUGAUCGUAGCUGACCUGCGACAUGGAGUGUAUUACCAGAAAUGUUACGACCCAGACUGUAAAAGAAUCGAUUACCGAUCUCAAGAGCGUGCAAUUCCCGAGGAGUUGUGUCCAUUUCAGCGAGACAUUACGGACCUCGAAAAAUCGAUCGAGAAGGAGCUGGACGAAGACGAUAGCGAUCUAUGCGAGAUAGCUGACCUCACCGAGAGAGAAGCUCGUCAUUCGGAACACGCGCAUGAGCAAGAGAAACAGACACUUGACCCGACACUAUUUGAGGACGAGGAAGACUGGGAACCAUGGAAAGAUCUACCAGCAUGCAGUGCGACGAGUGAGUGAUUCAACCUGACAUUAAAAGACGAGAAAGACUGGGAAUCAUGGAAUGAUUUACCACCAUGCAAUCGGAGUGAGUGAGUUAAAAUGCGUUGUACUGCUAGUAUCUUUUUAUUCCGUUCCAUUAUAUAUAAAGAUAGCAUAUAAAUAGAAACUGUUUGCAUUUGCGGGAACAUUAUUACAUCAUUUAUAUUUCUAAAAGUCAAAGAUAAUUAUAAUUUAAACUGUAAAUAAAAACUUUUAAUAUUUC